AUGAUCAUUUAUACGUCUGUUAAAGAUAUGAAUAAAAAUUUAUAUAAUCUUUUACAAAAUAAUUCACACGAACAAUCGUAUACAUCAUCAUCAACACAGCAAAUGGCAAAUAUAUUACAUGAUAUGCUCAAAUCAUUUCUUCCUUCAAUAUCAAAUAAUAAUGACAAUAAUUUUAAUACAAGAACCGAUAGUGCACAUUCAUCAUUAGCAAAAUCUCUAUCAGUUAGUUCACAAUCUCUAUCAACAUCUCAUAGUGAUUAUGAAAUCGAUCAAAUGAUAUCAUCAAACUUAAGUAAACAAUUAAAAACAAUGAAUCGUUCAAGUUCAUUAUUUCGUCGAACAAUCGUAGCGAUAAUGCAAAUUCUUUUAACAUCACCAUCACCAUCAACAAAUCUUUUAUUUAAUCAAAUACCACCAUCAUCAUCAUCAAUAGAUUUAGAAUUACCAAAUAAUUCACAAAAUCCAAUACCAUAUUCAACAUUUGAUUUAGAUGUUGAAGCAAUACUUGAUUUUGAACGAACGACAUUUGGAGAUUGUUCUUUUAAUAUACAUGAUCUGCCCAAUUUGUGA